GCCAUUGUCUAUCGAGUCUAGCCGCUUUAAAGAACACCUUACAUGAUCGCAACAUUGUCUGUCUUCAUCGCGCUGUUACUGUCGCUCAGACACUUCUCAGUUCACCCCUAAACCUCACGAUGGACAGAUAAAAUAAAUUCAUAUUGGAGGUCUUAGCCAUCGGAAGACAUGAAUUCCUGCCAUCGCUUGAUUCUCGCUUCGCUCCAGCUGUUGUGCUUGUUGUUGUCAUUUACCGACAGCAGAAGUACUAAGAAAUGUUCGGAGGGCAGAACGUGCUCGGAUCGACCGCCUGUGGUUCUCAUUCCAGGAGACCUUGGAAAUCAACUGGAAGCCAGACUUGACAAGCCCAGUGUGGUGCACUACGUCUGCUACAAGAAGACUGCAGACUACUUCACAUUAUGGCUUAACCUGGAGCUACUGGUGCCGGUAGCCAUUGACUGCUGGAUCGAUAACAUGAGGUUACUGUACAAUAGGACAACUCAUCUCACUGAAGCUCCUCCAGGGGUGGAUAUCAGAGUGCCUGGGUUUGGCAAGACGUUUAGUGUAGAAUAUCUGGAUCCCAGUAAACAAAGUGUGGGUAUGUACUUCUUCACCAUAGUGCAGUCAAUGGUUGAGUGGGGGUAUACCAGGGACGAUGACGUACGCGGAGCUCCCUACGACUGGCGUAAAGCCCCAAAUGAGAACAAAGAGUACUUCUUGCAACUGCAGCAAAUGAUCGAGGAGAUGGCUGAAAAGGCUGGAGGUCCGGUGGUCCUUAUAGCUCACAGCAUGGGGAACAUGUACACGCUGUAUUUCCUUAAUCACCAACCACAGGCAUGGAAGGACCGCUACAUUAAGGCUUUUGUGUCUCUUGGCCCCCCGUGGGCCGGAGUUGCCAAAACUCUCAGAGUGGUAGCAACAGGUGAUAACAACCGCAUUCCUGUCAUUAGUCCAAUAAAGAUUCGUAGCCAGCAGCGAACGGCCGUAUCCACCAUCUGGCUCUUGCCCUACGCCCACACGUGGCCCCCGAAUAAGACCAUGGUGUCCACCCCCAACACCACCUAUACCGUCAAAGACUACCAGCGCUUCUUCAAAGACAUUGACUACGAAGAUGGCUGGGCUAUGAGGGAGGACACAGAACCGUUGGUCAGCGCUCUGAAGGCUCCAGGUGUUCCCAUUCAUUGUCUGUAUGGGAGCGGCAUCCCUACAGCUGAGAGCUUUAACUACACAACUUUUCCGGAUGGGGAACCCACCGUCAUCUACGGAGAAGGUGACGGGACGGUGAACCUACUGAGCGCGAUACAGUGCAAGCGCUGGAUGGGUCAGCAGACACAGCCUGUGUAUAUGAAAGAGCUGCCUGGGACCGAGCACGUUGCCAUGCUGUUGAACAUGACCACAGUUUCCUACAUAAAGAAUGUGCUCUUCUCACCUUGAUGCCAUUUAGCCCUUAACUUGAAAAUGACGAUUCUUGUUUGCCAAAGAGAUGGGAUGCGGUUCUGCUUUUUGGGUGGAUGUGAACCGCUUGUUGUUGAUCACUUUUGAGUCGUGUUCCUUAUCGAGUUGCAAUAAUGGGUUCUCGGAUAUUCCCUGUUGGGGAAUUUAGGUUUGUCAGGAUCAAAUCAAUGUUAUAGUUUAAUGUUAAAUAGAUUUUAAAGCAAAUGUUAUUGAAGUAAUAGCGUGCCGUUAAUCGGUUUCCUAACAUUGUCCUACUUUAUGUCCUAUGGCCAUUAAUUCUUAAAAUCUACAGAUUUUACUUAUUUCUUUUUUAUGGAUUUUCCAAAAGUGUUUAUAUCUAUAUUGUACUGAAAUCGCAGUAUGCUUGUGUAAUUGGAUGUUUUUCUGCCUGUCUGUGUAUUGAUUUACACAUUUUUAUCAUGGGCUUUUGUAUGUAGAAUGUGCAAUUUUGACGGACAUCUUAUUGCCCAAUUCAUGUCAGCAUAACCUCUGUGACCUCUGUGUGCAUGGUCUUGUUUUAUUUUUAUCAACUGACCUCUUAGAAAUGAUAAAAACAAUUUGUUAAACAAGUGGUUUUGCCUUUUUCAAAUGUAUCGGGUGGUUUACAAUAAGGUACAAUUUGUUAACAUUGAUGAAUACACACAUCAUGAACAAUUUUAGUAAGUAUUAAUUAUUCAGCAUUCAUUUAUUUGAAUUCAUGAUGCAUUACCUAAUCUUAAUUUAUACUGUGCAAAAUGUGCAUGCAUGUAGUAGAUUCAGAAAUGAACAUUAACCUUAAUAAAAUUAAAAGUGUGAAAAUAAAUUAUCAAUUAACUUGCUGUUUUAAUAAAUUCUUAUUGUAAAAGCUUA